CUGCUCCUGGUUGCUCCUGGAUGCUUCAUGCGUCCGGAAGCCUGAGAAAUAGGACCUUUCCCCGAUUUCUAUUCCUUUCCCCAAACACGAACAUAUCCUACAACUCAUUCUUGGCUCUUUUCCCUACGCAAACAUCAAAUGUCUCUCGCCGAUUGCCUCAAGGCCGUCUGUAACGGCCGCAGCGACUGCGUCGCGUUUCCGACCACCUGGUUCUAUCAGUCAGACUGGGUCAAGCCCUACAACCUCGAUCUCCCCGUAGUACCUGCCGCCGUCAUCCGCCCCGACAAUGCUGAGGAUGUAGCUGGAGCCGUCAAGUCCGCGGGUAACCACGACAGAGCUGUGCAGGCAAAGUCCGGAGGCCAUUCCUAUGCCAACUUUGGCACGGGCGGCGAAGAUGGAGCCGUCAUGGUGGAUUUGGUCAACUUGCAAGACUUCAAGAUGAACGAGGAUACCUGGGAGGCAAGCUUCGGAUCCGGAUUCCGAUUUGGUGAGCUAGACAAGCAUCUUCACGAGAAUGGCGGGCGUGCAAUGGCGCAUGGCACUUGUCCGAGCGUUGGGAUCGGAGGACAUGCGACCAUCGGUGGGCUUGGUCCCAUGUCGCGCAUGUGGGGAAGCGCUCUGGAUCAUGUCGAAGAGGUAGAAGUGGUCACUGCUGACGGCGAGAUCGUACGAGCAAGCUACACCGAGAACGCAGAUCUCUUCUUCGGAAUCAAAGGCGCCGGUGGCAGCUUCGGCAUCGUCACCGAGUUCAAGGUCCACACACACCCUGAGCCCGGCAAGGUUGUCGAAUAUACCUACAGUAUCAGCUUUGGAUCCCCGGAAGAGAUGGCAAACGUCUUCGAAGACUGGCAAGCCCUUGCGGGCGACCUGAACCUCGAUCGCCGCUUCUCUACCUUGUUCAUAGUCCAUCCUUUGGGCGCUCUCGUGACGGGGACGUUCUAUGGCACUGCAGACGAAUACAAGGAGACGGGUAUAGCCGGCAGGCUGCCUGCCGGUGGUGAUCUGAACUUCAAGCUCGUUGGCUGGAUGGGCUCGCUGGCACAUCAGGCCGAGCUCAGCGGUCUACAGAUUGCGCAUCUACCAACGGCCUUUACCAGCCGCUCGCUUGCCUUUAGAGAGAGCGAUCUAUUGAACAACAGUGCAAUAGGCGACAUCUUCAAGUAUAUUGAGGAUGCAGAGAAAGGCACCCUUGCCUGGACGAUCAUGUGGAACUCGGAAGGUGGCGCCAUGGGCGACUUUAUCGAAGGAAACUCCUAUCCCCACCGCGACAAAGUCAUCAUGUACCAAUCCUACGUCGUCGGCUUCCCCUGGAUCACAAGUGCCACGCGUGGCUUUGUGGACGGACUGCAGGAGAGGAUACAAGAGGGCGCCCCGAACGCCAACUCGACAUAUGCCGGCUACAUCGACCCCACGCUCACCCGGGAGGAGGCGAACGAAUUCUACUGGGGAGAGCAUCUCACGAGACUGCGUGAGAUCAAGGCAAAGUGGGAUCCGAAUAAUGUCUUUCGCAACCCUCAGAGCAUCGAGCCGGCAGGGUAGAACAUUGCCGAGGAUGCUGCCAUGGGCCAGCUGCGGCCAGGAGAAUGGGUGAUGGUCUCGUUUUUGGUAAUUGCGGUCCCUGUGUUUUUAAUCUCAUUGUAAUUAGCCGUUGCCACGCCAACAUUCGCUUUUGUUUAGUGUGGACAGGACAUCUUGGGUUAUACCGGGCCCCCGGGGUCGACCGUCGGCACUUAGGGCCCCUGGACCCCUGGGGAGUGGGGACCCUUGUCAUGUUAUCAAAAUAGGGUCCAUGUCUCCAGACUACUGAAGUUCUGAACCCUUAAUUAGUCCUCACGAUGCUCAAGGUCGACGCUUUGCCAUCAUCAUAUCGAGCUUGAAGCAUGUCUCCCGACCAACAAUCAGCGCCAUGGAUGGACGGCGUCUCGCCUCAAUGUGACAUUCUCAGACUCCCCCACGAGGUCUUGCACACCAUCUUGAGAAUGACCCUCGAGCCCGACCU